AUGUCGGGUAACAACAUUUCAGAGCCAACAUCUCAAAUGGAAAAUGAGUGGAUUCAACAGGCAAUUAAUAAGGAAAACUGGACAAUGGUAUCAGAUUUCAUUCUUUUGGGAUUUCAUGACCUUUAUAGCUUCAAAGGCAUUUUGAUCCUUGGCCUCCUCCUUAUUUACUUAUUGACUGUGACUGGAAAUCUCAUGAUUAUUAUGUUGGUGACCUUCUGUCAAAGUCUUGAUUCUCCUAUGUACUUCUUCUUGGGUCAUUUAUCUACUUGUGAUCUGCUCCUGACCACAGUAAUUGUCCCCCUGAUGUUGGACACUAUAGUGAGAGAAGUAACCAUCACCUUUGUUGGAUGUUUUGCUCAGUUUUAUCUUUUUGGUUCUUUGGCAGCUACGGAGUGCUUUAUUCUUUCCAUCAUGUCGUAUGAUAGAUAUCUAGCCAUAUGUAGGCCACUGCAUUAUUCAUCAGUUAUGAACCUUAAGAGAUGCGUCCACCUUGCUUUCUGGUGUUGGAUUCUAGCCUUCAUGCUCAUGCUGCUCACAUCUAUUCAAAUAGGGAGAUUGCAGUUCUGUGGUCCAAAUGUGAUUGAUCAUUUUUUCUGUGAUCUGGCACCUCUUCUACAACUUUCUUGUUCAGACACAUCUUUUGUUGAAGCUGAGAACCUCAUCGGGGGUUUACCAGCAACAGUUUUGCCAUUAGCCUUCAUUACAGCAACUUAUAUCAUCAUCUUUCAUACCAUCCUUAGGAUACCAUCUUCCACUGGAAAACAGAAAGCCUUUUACACCUGCAGUUCCCACCUGACAGUUGUGUGUGUAUAUUAUGGGACAUUGAUUGUUGCGUAUUUAUUUCUGUCUAAAGGCCACUCAUUGUCUCUCAAUAAGAUUUUGUCUCUGCUCUACACAGUGUUGACACCAUUGCUAAAUCCGAUUAUUUACAGCUUCAGGAGUAAAGAAAUCAAAAGAGCCCUUUCUAAAUUUCUAAGGGUUAUAUAA